AUUAUUCAAAAUUGAAUUAAUUAUUCUGAUUUAACUUCACCGGAAGUUUCACAUUUUAGCCGGAAGUACUCAAGAAAACAGUUGGAGACAAAAACAUCAAUGGGGGUGACUUGUGUGUGCCAGGUGCCUGUGGCCGAGGGCAAGAGUGUGCAGCAGACAGUGGACAUCCUGCACAAGAAGCUGGAGCAGCUGGGUGCUGUGAAGCAGGGCAGCUUCUGUGUGGACUGUGAGACAUACCAUGCGACAGGAAAUGUCAGCGGUCAGCCCACCAAGCUCUUAUACGUGAUGCACAACUCUGAAACUCCCCUGAGCUGCCUGGCUCUGUUUGAAGGUGGACCCUGCCUGAUAGCCGACGCGAACUUUGACGUUCUCAUGGUGAAGCUAAAAAGUCACUUCCAAAAUGCCAAGGGGCACAAGGUGGAGUGUCGUGGUUCGAGAUACCGUUACUGUGACUUCUUGAUAAAAGUGGGUACUGUGACAAUGAGCUCCAGCGCCAGAGGGAUAUCAGUAGAGGUGGAGUACUGUCCUUGUGUUGUUCCAGGGGACUGCUGGAACCUCGUGAAGGAGUUCAUGCAGUCCUUUCUCGGCUCUAGCGUCCCCGAGCUGCCGUCUGUGUUUGCUGCCAAGCCUGAAGGACUCUUUGCACCAGCAGACUCUGUUGACACCAUGACUCAGUACCUGGAGUUGUUCAACAAACUUCGUAAACAACAAAUCCCAGGAAGUAACGUGCGUUGAGUCAUCAGUGAUAAUGUAAAGAUCUAUUUUUUUUAAUGUUUGUAUUGAUGUUGCUUUAAUUCUGGUCCUGUGGAUCAGUGUGGUAUCCAGGCAUUUUUGAAAGCCUGGAGUUUUUUUAUUCUUAUUUCUGGAGCCUCAAUAUUACUAUCUGAUGAAAGUAUCUUGUAUUAAAGAGACCUAAAAAAGAA